AUGACUAUUGAGGUGAUGAUUGUUGCUGUGAAGAGGAGUAUUGAUGCUUUGAGUGCUUUGUUCUUUUUUAUGGUUACGAGUAUUGUUCUCUUUUCCACAUUGUUGUAUUUUGCUGAGCGUGGUACCUGGGACCAAGAAAAGCAGACUUUUGUCGAUGCUAAAGGAAAUCCAAGUGUUUUCGAUAGUAUCCCUUCUGCAUUUUGGUUUGUGAUGGUUACCAUUACAACAACGGGUUAUGGUGAUAUGGUUCCAACAACUUUUAUUGGAAAAUUAAUUGCAUUUCCAGCAAUGAUGUGCGGGAUUCUGUUGAUUGCACUUCCUUCAAUUAUCGUGGGGAGAAAUUUCACUUUGGUGUGGGAAGCAAUGCGACAGUAUCGUAGAACAACACCAAAUAGCCGAGUACGAAACGACUUACGUGCCAGUUUUGAAAGCACACGGUCAUAUGCAUCACAGCCCGCGCGUCCUGGUUAUUCAGUACUUAACGAUGACAUAUUAGCCAACCAAGACGCAUUAUUAGAACAAGUGCGUACAUUACUGAAAUUGUCGCAGCAAAAUCAAGUUGCUCUGCAACGUAUACAACAGACAUUGGAACAGAAUGGAAUCAAAUGGAAUAACACAAGUGUAGAUACUAAUAUUUCUGUUCCUGAGAGAACUAUGAAACCUGAUGAUAUAUGA